UUUUGGACUUGUAGACAGCCAAGUUAAAGAAUUCCGAUAACUGAGUCUCGGAUAUUGAUGGUUUGAUGUCCAGGGGACUCCUCUUGCAUGAUUUGGUGCCAAAGUUAUCUGGAUCUGAUCUGCUUCGAGGCAGGUCCGAAGCUCUACUAAGGCACUCGAAAUCUGUUCGGGUUAGAUCUUACCCGAUCCAUCCGCACCACAGCCAAGUUCAAGAGAGGGAGGGAGGACCAAGAUCGAGCCUACCUGCGUCCGAAUCAACUUCCGCUUCCCCGUCUCGGUUGGCCGGCAAACUCUCCUCCUCCUCCUCCUCCUCAGUUCUCAACUGGCCGGAUGGAGCCGGAUGGCCAGCGGCCUCUGCGAACUCCUGCGGUCCGCCACCUCUCUCCGACACGUGAAGGAAGCGCACGCCCUGGCCACCACCCUUGGCCUUCGCCACCACCUCCCUCUCACCGCCUCCCUCAUCACCAACUACGCCCUUCGCGCAGACCUCCGCUCCUCUUGCCUUCUCUUCUCAAAUUCCCAUAACCAGACCACCUUCCUCUACAAUACCAUUAUUCGGGCUCAUACCUACUUCGGCGAGCACUUUCUGGCCUUCGAAUUCUAUAAUGGAAUGGUCCGCGCUGGCGCCAGGCCCGACGAUCACUCGUUCCCCUUCCUUCUCAAGGCGUGCGCCGACAUACGUUCUUUCGAGAAGGGUAGGGAGGUCCAUGGCGCGGCCGUGAAGGUGGGCUUCGCUUCAGAUGUCUUCGUGGGCAAUACCAUGAUCGCGUUUUAUAUGAGCUGUGGGUGUUUAGACGCAGCCAGGAAAGUGUUCGAUGAAAUGCCUCAGAGAGACAUCGUGUCGUGGAACUCAAUUUUAGGUGGUUAUUCGCAGAAUGGGUGUUUCGAAGAGGCGUUGAGAUUGUUCUUGGGGUUUAGGGAGGAGGGUUGGUUCCCUAAUCAGGCUACGGUGGUGACCAUGAUGCCGAUUUGUGCAUCAUUAAAGGAUUUGAAAAGGGGGAAGGAAAUUCAUGAUUUGGUGAAGGACAAUGACGUGCUAAGCUCCCAUGUGACAGUUUGGAAUGCGAUUGUGGAUAUGUACGCGAAAUGCGGGGAUUUAAUAUCCGCGUACAGUGUGUUUACUGAAAUGGUUUUUAGAAACCAAGUUUCUUGGAAUGCUAUCAUUUCCGGGUUUUCUUACAAUGGUGCUGCUCUUGAGGCUGUAGAUAUGUUUCGGAGGAUGUUGGAUGCAGGUGAAAGGCCCAACUCAGUCACCAUGGCUAGUCUUCUCCCAUCAUUGGUGCAAUUGGAACUUUUCCCCCUCGGAAAGGAGGUUCAUGCAUAUUGUUUGAGAAACGGUUCGGAGAUGGAUGUUUUUGUUCAUAACUCUUUGAUAGACAUGUACGCCAAGUCUGGACAUCUAAGUGAAGGUUGCAGUGUGUUCAAUAUGAUGGCUGAGAAGAAUGUAGUGUCAUGGAAUGCUGUAAUUGCGAACUUAGUGCAAAACGGAUGUGAAUUAGAAGCCAUAGAAUUUCUUAGGCAAAUGCAGGAGCAUGGUGGACGCCCAACUUCAGUUACAUAUACUAAUAUUCUUCCUGCUUGUUCUCGAGUACAGUUGCUUCGCCAUGGAAAGGAAAUCCAUGCUCGAUCAAUUAGAGAAGGGUCUAUUGCUGACAUCUUUGUCACAAAUGCUGUGAUGGACGUCUAUGCUAAAUGUGGCUCUUUACAUCUCGCAGGGCGAAUAUUUGACUCCUCCGAAAGAGAUGAAGUGUCCUACAACACAUUGAUUGUUGGUUAUGCGCAAAGUUGGCACUGUGUCGAAGCUUUGACGCUUUUCUCAGAGAUGGGGUUUCUAGGCUUGCGGCAUGACAGUGUUUCCUUUAUUGGUGUUCUACUGGCAUGCGCAAAUCUAUCAGCCAUCAAGCAAGGGAAGGAGAUCCACGGAUCAACUGUGAGGAAGCAUUUUGCUUCGCAACUUUUUGUGGCAAACUCUCUGCUGGAUGUUUACACCAAAUGUGGUCGUCUGGAUUUUGCAAGACGCAUAUUUGACAAGAUGCACCAGAAGGAUGUAGCUUCGUGUAACGCAAUGAUACUGGGUUAUGGGAUGCAUGGCGAACUGGAAGUAGCAAUCAAUCUGUUUGAAGGCAUGAAAGACAAAGGCAUAAAAUAUGAUCAUGUUUCGUACCUUGCAGUCUUGUCUGCCUGCAGCCAUGCUGGAUUGGUCGAUCAGGGGCGCAAGUACUUUGAACAGAUGCAAUACCAGAAUUUAACACCAACUCAGAUGCAUUGUGCCUGCAUGGUUGAUCUAUUUGGUAGAGCUGGGCUGAUGAAGGAAGCAGUGGAUUUUAUCAACGACCUCGAAUUCGAACCAGAUGCCAAUGUUUGGGGUGCGCUUCUUGGUGCAUCUAGAGUACAUGGGGAUGUGGAGUUGGGGAUAUGGGCUGCAGAGCAUCUGUUUGAGCUGAAAUCGGAGCACUGCGGAUACUACAUAUUGUUAUCAAAUAUGUAUGCAGAAGCUGGAAGAUGGGAAGAAGCAAAACGCGUCAGGCAGUUGAUGAAAUCAAGAGGGGUGAAGAAGAACCCUGGUUGCAGCUGGAUUGAAGUUGGCAACAGGGUCCAUGCUUUUUUGGUUGGUGAUACAAUAGAUGCACGUGCCGGUGGAGUAGAAGAUUGCUCUUUCUAGAUUGCAUACGAGUUCCCAUCUGAAAUUCCUUUAAAUUUGAACUAUUCCAGAGUCAUGAUUUAAAAAAAAAUGUGAAAAUCCUAAAGAAGACCAGCAUUGUCAUGAGUUGAUUAUCCAACAUAAUCAAGUUAAUGUUCCAAGUUAACCAAAUUACGCACGGUAGGUUCUAUCUGGUUUUCUUCAAUAAGAGAAUUGCAAAGUCAGAUCAGCAAGGGUUCCCUGUCUGGGAGGACUUGAAAUCGUCUGUGUUGAAGAGGAUCAACAGUUCAGGAACUGGGAGUGGGGUGCGUCUCUGUUGGCAUAAUCCAGGUGUCCCGCACGACCCCCUGCUUGCAUGUUCAUACAAAGACAAUUGAUGAGUUUCUGAGACCAACGAUUGAUAAUGUGGCUGAAAGCUCUUCGGUACAACCAGGCUCAUCUCAUCAUGGUGGCAGGAGAGAAAUCUUCGCAUCCUUUUGCUCAUAAAAGUUCAGAAUGAUGUCAUACCAUAGCUACCGAAUACUGACCUGUUGUCCAAAACAGGCGAUGAGCUGGAAUCCAUCUCAUCCACAGAUGAAGUGAACUUCUCAUUUCUUUCAGAAGAAGAAAAAGAACAACUGGUUUCGCCGUCAGUUCCUCUAAUACGACUACCAAUGAAUGUCUUUAUCGCGACGUUUACAUAUACGAAAUUGGUGUUAUAUAUGAAAAGGCUGAGGAUGUACAUUAACAUUAUCUACUUUUAGUGUGUUCAUUUAGCA